GUGGUCUACAUGGGUGAGAUCGACACGGAACGUCAGAAGUUGAACUGCUUCAGAAUGCGCGAGCUGGGUGCCACCGUGGUCCCCGUGAAGAGCGGCAGCCGCACGCUGAAGGAUGCUGUCAACGAGGCGUUGCGCGACUGGGUGACGAACAUCCGCACCACACACUACAUCAUCGGCAGUGCGGUGGGACCCCACCCCUUCCCGGACAUCGUUCGAGAUCUGCAGAGCGUCAUCGGCAACGAAGCGCGAGCACAGAUGUUGAACCAGACCAGUGGUGAGUUCGGGCAUCCCACCUUCACCAAUGGUCCAGGACGAUUGCCGGAUCUCGUGGUGGCGUGCGUGGGUGGCGGCUCCAAUGCCAUCGGCAUGUUCAACGCCUUCUUGGAAGACAAGGAGGUGCGAAUCAUCGGUGUGGAGGCUGGAGGUGAACAUGGCCCCUGGCUGCCAGAUGGCUCCGAUACGGACAAGCACUCGGCUACCUUGACCAAGGGGACCGUAGGCGUGUUGCAUGGCUCUCGGACCUACCUCUUGCAGUCCCCAGACGGUCAGAUCAAGGAGACGCACUCCAUCUCCGCGGGCCUGGACUACCCGGGCGUCGGCCCGCAGCACGCCUCGCUGAAAGCCUGCGGUCGCGUGGAGUACGUCUUCGCCACGGACCAGCAAGCCUUAGAUGCCAUGAGAACCGUCUCCAGGAAAGAAGGCAUCGUGCCAGCCCUGGAGCCGAGUCACGCGUUGCAUCAGACCAUGGAGUUCGCCAAGUCCCUGCCGAAGGACAAGAUCGUGCUGGUGAAUCUCUGCGGUCGAGGCGACAAGGACAUGCUGCACGUGGCGAAGGCACGGGGCGUCGUCAUUGACACCGAUGUAAAGCUCAAUAAGACUGACUUCGCACAGCAGUGAUGGUGGAACCUCGCGUGACGCACGUAGAUCUGCUGGGUGGAGAACGUGGUGAUCAGACCUCUGGGUGUUUUAAGGGAUAUGUUCUUG